UUAAAAAUCAUAGCGCCUUCCGUCCGAGACCCUCACUCCCAAAUCUCUUCUCCGGCGGCUUCCUCCCAAAUCAGUGACAGUAAUCAAGUUCCUUCCAAAUCAAUCUCAAGUCUCAGCAUUAGCCCUUCACCCCUCACUUACAUUUUCACCGUCGCGAAAGCUCAUCCCUCUCCCCCGACCACCGGAAGCCAUCUGCAAGCCCAGCUCCUCCACGAUUUAACAAAUUCGUGGAUUACCCAGAAAAAGAUGUUUGUGGGUCCAUCUUCUUUGAAAAGAUCAAUCUCAACUUUGCCCCAUCUCUGUGAGAGGCUUAAACAAACAGAAAAUGAAAUAGUUCAAAUGUUCAGCUUGCGUAGUCCGAGUGAGGCGAUGCGAGACUUACCUAUUAACAAAAAGUUGUCAAGAAAGGAUCCGUCAGUUCGGACAUUGGAUGAAAGGUUCGUAAGGAUCUUGAAAAUUUUCAAGUGGGGACCCGACGCUGAGAAGGCAUUAGAAGUACUUAAGCUGAGAGUGGAUCACAGAUUGGUUCAUGAGGUUUUAAAGAUAGAUGUUGAGGUCAACGUUAAGAUUCAGUUUUUCAAAUGGGCUUCCAAAAGAAGGAAUUUUCAGCACGAUUCGACAAAUUACUUGGCUUUAAUUCACUGCUUGUUUGGGGCACGGUUGUUUGGUGAAAUGUGGAAGACUAUUCAGGAGAUGGUUUGGGCUGUAUCUAUUAUUGAUCCUGCUCAGUUAUCUGAAGUCAUAAACAUCUUGGGAAAGGCUAAGAUGGUGAACAAGGCCGUAUCUAUCUUUUACCAGGUAAAAGGCCGCAAGUGCAAGCCGACAAUAAGUACAUACAACUCGAUGAUCUUGAUGUUGAUGCAAGAAGGUCAUCAUGAAAAAGUCCAUGAACUUUAUAAUGAGCUGUGUAAUGAGGGAAACUGUUUUCCAGACACUUCUACCUACAGCGCAAUUAUAUUAGCAUUUAAGAAAUUGGAUCGUCAUGAUUUUGCCAUCCGGUUAUUUAAUGAGAUGAAGGAGAAUGGCAUGCAGCCGACUGCAAAGAUCUAUACUAACUUAUUGGAAAUAUAUUUCAAAAUGGGUAAUGUUGAAAAAUCUUUGGGCCUUGUCAGGGAGAUGAAGGAGACGGGAUGCCCCCUGACCGUCUUCACUUACACAGAAUUGAUAAAGGGGCUUGGUAAAGCUGGGAAGAUUGAAGAUGCCUAUACCAUAUAUAGGAAUCUCCUGAAGGAAGGCUGCAAGCCCGAUGUGGUCCUCAUAAACAAUUUGAUUAACAUGUUUUGCAAGGCAGGUCGUGUAGAAGAUGCUCUUAGGAUUUUUGGGGAGAUGGAGUCUCUUUGGUGUAUGCCUAAUGUGGUGACAUAUAACUCUAUCCUUAAAGGAUUAUUUGAAUCCAAAGCUCGGACUUCUGAGGCUUCUUCAUGGUUUGAGAAGAUGAAAGCAAAUGAUGUCGCUCCUAGCUCGUAUACCUACUCAAUUCUUAUUGACGGCUUCUGUAAAAGAAAUAGGGUUGAGCAAGCUUUGUUGCUUCUUGAAGAAAUGGACGAAAAAGGUCUUCCUCCUUGUGCAUCUGCAUAUUGCAGCCUGAUCAACAGUCUUGGAAAAGCAAAUCGGUGUGAAGCUGCAAAUGAGUUGUUUCGAGAGUUGAAAGAGAACUGUGGAUGUUCAAGUGCUCGGGUGUAUGCGGUGAUGAUUAAACAUUUUGGAAAAUGUGGGCGUAUUAAUGAAGCCGUGGAUCUGUUCAAUGAGAUGAGAAAACUUGGUUGUAAUCCUGAUGUUUAUGCAUAUAAUGCACUCAUGUCAGGGCUGGUGAGGGCUGGCAUGGUUGAUGAAUCUCAUUCAUUGCUUAAAACCAUGGAAGAAAAUGGUUGCGUUCCUGACUUAAACUCCCACAACAUUAUUUUAAAUGGCUAUGCUAGGAUAAGGAAUCUGAACCGGGCUAUGCAAAUGUUUACAAGGAUGAAGCAUUCUAAGAUCAAACCAGAUGCAGUCUCUUACAACACUGUUCUUGGUUGUCUCAGUCGAGCUGGUAUGUUUGAAGAUGCUGUGAGGCUUAUGAAGGAGAUGGAUGCAAAUGGUUUUGCAUAUGAUCAUAUCACUUACUCAUCCAUACUCGAGGCUGUUGGAAAGGUUGAUGAAGUUUGUAAUCUCCCCACUAUGUGAAAAUGACCUGCUCCUGGGGCCGAGGACAUGUUGCCCUGGCAGUUAACAAGUACGGGCGUACUGAUAUCCAAUCUACAAGAGGCAUAUUAUUCCCUUUGAUUUUCCAUCAGAUCAAUCCUUUCAAGCUCCUAUAGGUGCAGUUGUCCAAUACUCUGUCGACAGGCCUCAACCCGGACGAACCACUUGUGCUGGAAAUUGCUCAAGUUUACAAGACUGAGAGCCAAAUACCAAGCCACCAUUCGACGUUGGCCACAGAAGUAUGCAUGGGUAAACAGAGCAGCUCUGGCUACAUACUUUUUAUCUACCGUGAAUGACUACACCAAUCAUAAUUGAUCAUCAUCACAUCGUUUGGCUCCGUAGAAUUUGAAGACAUUUGUAAGAUCCUUCCUGUUUUGGAGCACCAGUCUCCAUCCGGCCGAGGAAACCUUGGCGGUGUUGCCUCUCUCAUGAAAGGGGAAAUUGGGGAGAAAGAUCUAUCACCAAUUGUUAAAAGGGCACAAAAUUUUGAAUUCCAUGUCCUUGUGGAUUAUUUCUCGCAGCAGCCUUGGCCUCAGCCAUGAGUUUGAAAUCUCCAGGCCUAGGAUCUGCCAGGCCAAAAUUAUUACCCUUAUCAUUAUUAUUAUGGACUUUCUCUGUUAUUUUCUGUUUUUCAGUCGUCGGAUCAUUAAAUCUGAUCAAAAGUCAAAUUAAAUUAAAAAAGUAAUACAGAUCCGAUAGCUGCUAAACAAGAAACACCGGUGUUCUCAAAAGUACA